AUGAAGCUUCAGUGCAUCGCUUUUCUGUGUUCCUUUUUUGUCUGCGCGCAAGUUUGCUCGAUGCCAACAAAUUGUCGUCUUCGGUGGAAACUUGUGAAAUCAGCUCACAAUCUUCUUAAGAACAUGGGAGGUCUUUUUCCUCGUGAAUGCUUGGAUGAAAUCGUCGAGAUGAAGUUUCCCAUAUCUGAUCUGCAAUCUAAGGGCUUAAAUCAGAAAGUCAGUGUUGCGAAAACAGUGUUUAAAAUUAUGGAGCACAUAGACACUCUGUUUGCGAACGACACUCUCCCAGAGUCCUGGGACCAUGAGAAAGCAGACAAUUUCCAAAACAUAGUUUACCGUCUAACUGAGGAGAACAGAUGUAUUUGGGAUAAGAGGAAUAGCCACUUGGAUGAUUUUUCUGCAAGAGACAGUCAUCUAAAAACCUAUUUUGAAAAAUUAGCCACUCUCCUAAGAGACAAGGACAACAGUCUCUGCGCUUGGGAGGUUAUUCGCAAGGAGCUCUUGGAUGUUCUGAGAAAUAUUUUGAAAUUAGGAUAAAUAGUAAAAUGAGCUGUUAUCAUAAUCAGCAGAAUAGACUUAAGGUCAAUUUUUUACCUUAUAUCUAUUCAUGGUGCGAGUCGGUCCCCAGCUGAAUCUUUGUUCCUAUUAAAGUUUCUCCCUGUUUUUGCC